AUGCUGACUUGCAGGUUUGCCAGUCAUCAGAUGGGAAGGGAGAGGGUAGUCCUGUGUCUGUCUAAUUGUACAUCAUGUGCUUAUCUCUGUGUGAACAUAGGGAAGAUGGAUGUGAGUCCUGAGACUAAACUUAGUAGCAGUCAAUCACCAGUUGGUUACAAGAGCUUUGAGGGCUUACCUCAGUUGACUGUGGAUGACACAUUGCCCAAAGGGCAAAAUGGGAACUUGCAGAAAGAGCAUAACCGAAACACAGGUAGUUGGUUUGGCAGCAACUCAACGCUACUUACCUGAUGUCAAGUCAAAUAUUGCUUGUAUCAACCACAAAUUGCCACACAUAGCUUUUUAGCCCACCUCCACUCUAAUUACAGGGUCUAAAAUCUCUCCCUCUCCAGGUCUCCAUGGCCAUGGUGGCCUCAGCCUUGCCCCAGACCUCAAAAGUCUCCCAAAAGAAUUGCCCCUGAAAAAUCUAGCCUCUGGGAGCCAGAACCCUAACCUGGCUGAUCUAAGCUUGUCCUCCUUUAGAGAGACGGAUAAGGACCCCCUGUCUGGGGGACCAAGUAGGUGUGGCCCUUGGCAGGAUGGCAUGAUACCCAUCUAUGCUGCUUCUCUCACCAUUGCCAUAGCAGUCACCACCGCUAUGGUCCUGCAGAUUUAUCUAGGGACAAAUGAGGUAUGUACACCCUCUCCCACUGACUUAGAAAAAUGUAUAGAAGCUAUUCAGAACAACUUUUACUUAUUACCUUAUUUUCAUCCCCAUCCUUACUAUAAUGGGGUCAGCAGGUCUUCAGAGCGAGUGUGUUGGUGACGGACCAUGAACGCUGUACAGAGCUUGGUCGUAGGGUGCUGAAUGAUCAGGGCUCCAGUGUGGAUUCUGCCAUUGUUGCCGCCCUGUGCCUGGGAAUAGUCCAUCCACACGCGUCAGGUAUUGGCGGGUAAGUGUCUAUUGCAUUUGAGAAAGUUAACAGCAAGUGCACAAUUUAUGUGGCAUAAUGAUUGUCCAGAGGUGAUCAUGUGGAUGGACAGGACAUCCGUGGUCCACCCAACUUCAUUCAUGUCUUUGUCUGUAGGGGAGGGGUGAUGCUGGUUCAUGACAUCCGAAAGAAUAUAAGGAAGGUGAUUAAUUUCCAGGAAACGGCACCCUCUGGAAUCAAGGAGGAGAUCCUGCAAAUUGACCCGGAGCUAAAGGUGAUGUGCUGUAUGACAACAGUGUAUGAGUAAAAAUACAUAACUUAUUUUAGAUAUUUCAUUUGUAGGAUAACACAAUGAUGUGUUGAACUAUUAUCUCGAAUUGUGUGGCUAGUCUCAGAUAGUCAUUCAACAUGUACACUGAGGCUUCAAAAGAGAUGUUGAAACUGUAACAUCUUUCCUUAACCAUCCAGCCAGGUCUGGUUGUAGGUGUGCCAGGCUUGCUCAGAGGGUUGUACCAAGCCCAUAAACUGUAUGGAAGGUGAGGUGUUGUCAUUUGUUAUGUGCAAUUUCAUGUUUGUGUUCAGAAGCGUGUACUAGCCUAUGGUUGUUAUUGUUUCACCUCAGACUGUCAUGGGAGGAUAUUGUCACCAGGGCUGCCAAUGUAGCCAGAAACGGCUUUAAUGUAUCUCACAGAUUUGGUAAGGAGUGAUUCACAAUGAUCCCAAGUCUUUUUUCUUACUGUUUUACUUCUCAUGCAUGUAGAAUCUGUAUAAAAGCCUCAUUACAGGACUAGACCAAUUGCAGGUUUUCACCAGGAGACUUUUGAUGUUUGUCUAACCCUGCAGCAGAGGCCAUAACCAAGGUGAAAGGUCAGAAUAUGUCAUUGCGCUUCAGGGACAUGUUCUUGCCAGGAGGCCAUGCUCUGUCCCCCGGCUCUCUUAUGAAAACACCCAGUCUGGCUGCUGUCCUGGAGGCUGGGGUGUCAGAAUUCUACAGUGGGACUCUAACACAGGAAAUGGCCAAUGAGGUAAAUAAAUGUGUUAGUUAAGAACAUAGCCCUCAGUAAAUGGCAUUGAAUCAUACACAGAUUUGACCAGUGUUGUGUUUUAGGUGCAAGUAAAUGGAGGAGUUCUAACCAAGGAGGAUCUCAGCAACUACAGUGCAGUCAUAGAGCAGCCAAUUGAAGGCCUGUAUCAGGGUAAACGUAGUCAUACUUCAUACUCUUUAUAGAAAGUAGCCUACAAACAAGGAAAUCCUACAUUAUGUUGGGAUUACUUGCAUUUGUCUACAUAAUAUUAUGUCUACACCAGUGGUGCCUGGUGGCACUUUAAAUGGGUAGGAGGACAGGCUCAUAGUAAUGGCUGGAACAUAAUGAAUUGUAUCAAACACAAACACCUGGUUUUCCAUGAGUUUGACACAAUUCACUCCAUUCCAUCCAUUAUGAUGAGCCAUCCUCCCCUCACCAGCCUCCUCAGGUCUAAACAAUAUUACCUGGCAACACCUCCCUCAGGAUUUCGAGUUCUAGUGCCACCUCCCCCUUCUAUUGGUGCUGCUCUGAUCUCAGCCCUCAACAUUUUGGAGGACUUCCACCUCAAGGGGAAUAGUACAACUGGGAACAACCACUGGAUUGCUGAGGUACUGUAUCUCAAGCUCUGAAGUGAGACCCAUGUUAUUUACAGUGUGCAGGUAAGGUUCCCCUAAUAAAAGUGUAUUGUAUUCAUUUUGAAGUCACUGAAAGCGGCCCUGGCUAUGGCCAGUGGGCUCGGAGACCCUGUGUAUACCCCGUCAGUCUCUGCACUCGUCUCCAAGAUGCUAAGGUAAACAUUAACAAGCGUGCAUUCACUUCCUCGCCAUGUUCUAAGUAGAUUAGCCAUGCAAUUUAAGUCCUUCUGAAAUGCAAUGACAGGAAUUUCUGUGAACAAUUGUCUUCUCUUCUGAUGUGUACAGUGGCUUGCGAAAGUAUUCACCCCCUUGGCAUUUUCCCUAUUUUGUUGCCUUACAACCUGGAAUUAAAAUAGAUUUUUUUGGGGGGUUGUAUCAUUUGAUUUACACAACAUGCCUACGACUUUGAAGAUGCAAAAUAUUUUUUCUUGUGAAAUAAGAAGCUUGGCACAUCUAGCCAGUGGGAUUUUUGCCCAUUCUUCAAGGCAAAACUGCUCCAGCUCCUUCAAGUUGGAUGGGUUCCGCUGGUGUACAGCAAUCUUUAAGUCAUACCACAUAUUAUCAAUUGGAUUGAGGUCUGGGCAUUGACUAGGCCAUUCCAAGACAUUUAAAUGUUUCCCCUUAAACCACUUGAGUGUUGCUUUAGCAGUAUGCUUAGGGUCAUUGUCCUGCUGGAAGGUGAACCUCCGUCCCAGUCUCAAAUCUCUGGAAGACUAAAACAGGGUUCCCUCAAGAAUUUCCCAGUAUUUAGCGCCAUCCAUCAUUCCUUCAAUUCUGACCAGUUUCCCAGUCCCUGCCGAUGAAAAACAUCCCCUCAGCAUGAUGCUGCCACCACCAUGCUUCACUGUGGGGAUGGUGUUCUCGGGGUGAUGAGAGGUUCUGUGUUUACGCCAGACAUAGCGUUUUCCUUGAUGGCCAAAAAGCUCAAUUUUAGUCUCAUCUGACCAGAGUACCUUCUUCCAUAUGUUUGGGGAGUCUCCCACAUGCUUUUUGGCGAACACCAAACGUGGUUGCUUAUUUUUUUCUUUAAGCAAUGGCUUUUUUCUGGCCACUCUUCCGUAAAGCCCAGCUCUGUGGAGUGUACGGCUUAAAGUGGUCCUAUAGACAGAUACUCCAAUCUCCACUGUGGAGCUUUGCAGCUCCUUCAGGGUUAUCUUUGGUCUCUUUGUUGCCUCUGAUUAAUGCCCUCCUUGCCUGGUCCAUGAGUUUUGGUGGGCAGCUCUCUCUUGGCAGGUUUGUUGUGGUGCCAUAUUCUUUCAAUUUUUUCAUAAUGGAUUUAAUGAUGCGCCGUGGGAUGUUUCAGACAUUUUUUUAGAACCCAACCCUGAUCUGUACUUCUCCACAACUUUGUCCCUGACCUAUUUGGAGAGGUCCUUGGUCUUCAUGGUACCGCUUGCUUGGUGGUGUCCCUUGCUUAGUGGUGUUGCAGAUGCUGGGGCCUUUCAGAACAGGUGUGUGUGUGUGUGUGUGUGUGUAUAUAUAUAUAUAUAUAUAUAUAUAUAUAUAUAUAUAUAUAUAUAUAUAUAUAUAUAUAUAUAUAAUUACUGAGAUCAUGUGACACUUAAAUAAAGUCAAUCUGUGUACAAUCUAACUAAUUAUGUGACUUCUGAAGGUAAUUGGUUGCACCAGAUCUAUUUAGGGGCUUCAUAGCAAAGGAUGAAUACAUAUGCACGCACCACUUUUAUUUAUUUGUUCAAAUUUUUUGAAAUAAGUUAUUUUUUUCAUUUCACUUCACCAAUUUAGACUAUUUUGUGUAUGUCCAUUACAUGAAAUCCAAAUGGAAAUCCAUUUAAAUUACAGGUUGUAAUGCAACAAAAUAGGAAAAACGCCAAGGGGGAUGAAUACUUAUGUAUCUGUGUCUUGGUUAAAGCAAGCCACAGGCUGCAGUGCUCCGUCAGUUGAUCAGUGACUCGCAGGCGUCUCCUCCCAGAUACUACUCUACUCUAUAUGACCUGCCGAGUGGAGCUGUGGCCAGCCAGGUGGUGGUCAUGGGUCCCGAUGACGUCAUUGUGUCUGUCACCAGGUGCUGUGAUAAUAGACCUUAGCUGAAGGAGAUAACAGUUACUGUCUGCACCUUUACAUUAGCAUGAUGGAUAUUGGGUGGGAUAGCUUAAGUCUUACACUUGUUCAUUUUUUAUGUUUCAGCUCACUGAACAGGCCCUUUGGAAGUAGAAUUUUAACCCCUUCAGGCAUUCUCCUGAACAGCCAGAUCGUGGACUUCUCCUGGCCAAUUAAAACCAAGGGAAUGUUAAUAUCCAACCUGGUAACAACAUACCACAGUACAUUGCACCUUUAGGCUGUAUAAUGUAUUAACAUAACAUUCUACACUUUCAAUCUUAGCCCCAGAUAAAGAAACAACAAUUUUGUAAAAAUAUCCUAUAUCAACACUUGUUUUCUUUGCAGAGGAACAGGGUCCAGCCAGGCAAGCGGCCUCUGUCAUUUAUAAUGCCCACAAUUGUGAUACCGUCUCUAGGUAAAUGUGGAUCCUAUGUGGCCCUGGGAUCUUCUAACGGAGAGCACAGCCUCAGUGGUAUCACCCAGGUCUGCCAUGUAAAAAAAAAAUAUAUAUAUAUACACACACACACACAUAAUGUUCAUGCCUGUUGUUGUCUAUAAGUAAAAUGUCCUUGUAAUUUCAUUACCUUUCAUUGUGCUUUUUGUUUCAGGUCUUGAUUAAUAUUUUAUCAUACCACAAAAAUCUGAAUGAUAGUAUAUCCCUGGGACGACUCCAUCCCCAGCUUCAGCCGAGCAGCCUCCUGGUGGACUGUGAGCAUUUCUGAUGUUUUCUUUAUCUCCACAUAAUUGUGGGUGGGAAAUCAGCUUUGAAAUGGUUUGAAACUUCAACUCACUUUUUCUAAUUCAUAUCUUCACAAAUGUCUCCCCUCAGCUGAGUUCCUGGAGGAGGAUGUGAAGGUGUUGCGUCUGAAAGGACACACUGUCCACAGGGUGGGCCUGCUGUCCCUGGUGCAGGGUGUCCAGAGAACCAACGACAUCAUUAGGGGCAUUGUUGACCCUCGUGCUGUGGCUGGCUCUGCCUAG